AUGGACACGAGUAUUUUUACAGAAGAGCAGUUAACAGUGCGAGAUGCGGUCCAGAAGAUUUGUGCUCAAUUUCCCAAUGAAUAUUGGCAACAACAUGAUCAAUCCGAGACAGACCCAAAAGAACUGCACGCAGCCUUAGCUGCCGAUGGGUGGCUUGGAAUUGCACUGCCGGAGGAGUUUGGGGGUGCAGGACUGGGCAUAUCCGAGGCGACGGUCAUGUUACAGACUAUAUCUCAAUCAGGCGCCGGCAUGGCGGGGGCUCAAUCCAUUCAUGCCAAUGUAUAUGCGACACAACCCUUGGCCAAGUUCGGCAACAAAGAGCAGUUACAGUCGACCAUUCCCAACAUCAUCAGCGGUAAAUGGAGAGUCUGCUUUGGCGUCACAGAGCCCAACACUGGUCUCGACACCCUAAGAUUGAAGACGACUGCCACUCGGAAGGGUGACAAAUAUGUGAUCACAGGUCAGAAGAUAUGGAUUACUUGCGCCCAGGUGGCCUCGAAGAUGAUCUUACUCGCUCGAACCACCCCGGUGGAAGAGGUCAAGAAGCCAAGUGAAGGCUUGUCCAUGUUCUGCAUAGAUCUCGACAAGUCUAACUCAGCAUUGGAGUUGAAAAGGAUCAAAAAGAUGGGUGGCAGAGCAGUAGAUGCCAACGAGGUGUUCUUUGACCACUAUGAAAUCCCGCAAGAUACCCUGAUCGGAGAGGAAGGACAAGGGUUCAAGAUCAUCCUUCAUGGGAUGAAUGCAGAGCGGUGUCUUUUGGCAGGAGAAGCACUUGGUCUUGGCUAUGCGGCAUUGGAAAGGGCUGCCAGAUACGCGCGGGAAAGGGUCAUCUUUGGCAGGCCAAUAGGCAAGAACCAGGCUAUCGCUCACCCUCUUGCGGAUGCAUAUGUGAACCUCGAAGCGGCCAAGUUGGCCACCUAUCAUGCGGCGCGGCUGUACGAUCGAAGCAGAACAGAUAAGACCAUCAGCCCACAGGCAGUGGGAGUCGCCUGCAACAGUGCUAAGUAUCUGGCUGCCGAGGCGGCCUUCAGAGCGUGUGAAAGGGCCGUCAUGACUCACGGUGGUAUGGGAUAUGCCAUGGAGUACGAUGUUGAGAGGUAUCUCAGAGAAAGCCUCGUGCCACGAAUAGCGCCGGUCAGUCGUGAGAUGAUACUGAACUUCAUCAGUGAAAAGGUCCUGGAGUUGCCACGGAGUUAUUGA